AUGUCAGACACACUUGCGGCUGCUAUUCAGCAGGUUAAGAUAAAUAUGGAUGCUAUAGAUCCAGACGGAGACCUUGAUGCCUGGGCUAAAGACGAUGCAUCGGAAAAGCCACGUAAUCGCAAGAUACAGCUAGCAGAUGAUCUGAAAGCUGAACUAGAGAGAGAAUUUCUGAUACCGUCUCCAUGUUUUAAUACUCACUGGCUAAACAAACUCCAAAGGCGAUGGGAAUUCUCCCCUGACUAUUCGCAGCUGUUUGAGCUUGCGCCGACUCAAAGUCGGACUAUUAUCAGAUUUAAUCGUGAAGGAUUAGAAGGUAGAGUCACCGGAUAUCAUGAAGUUACCGUUCCGGCAGGUAGUGCUACGGCAAAGAAUUCUACUUCUUUACGAAGGAAACCUGCUAGUCGUGCAGAUUUCGUGAGGGGAGCAGCAGGGUUUUAUCCAUUUGCACCGGGCGGUCUUGAAGCAGUUGACGCCAUCUCUGCACUCGAUGCUGAGGCUGAACUUGAAGACCAAAUGCUGGAAAGUGCUCCGGCUAAACCGUCAGGCCUCGACAGGAUUAUCAAUUUUGGCUCUCAGGGUGGUUUACUGGAGAUCCCUCCUGGCUUCACUCGCGGGUUAAAGUUUGAGGCAGAGGGUAAUGAAGAGGCGCAAAGGAAUGCAAAAGAAGUUCGUGAAGCACUUGAUCAUGAAGACAGUACUGAACUUGGACAACUAUCGAGCCAUGAUUCUCGAGAUACCACCAAGGAAACUGGCGUCGAUGAGGAUAAAGACAACUCUGCCAGCGAAGACGAAGAGGAUAUAGACGCUCUUCUGCCGGUUGAAUACCCUGCCUUGGAGCCUAGAGGACAACUCAUCCAGUCUUCAUUGAAAAAGUCUCGUAAGGAAUGGGCUCAUGUCGUGGAUGUCAAUAAAGAAAUAACCAAUUUCUACGAAUUGGUUCCAGACAUGGCUCGAGAAUAUCCGUUUGAACUAGACAUCUUUCAAAAAGAAGCGGUGUAUCAUUUGGAGAAUGGAGAUUCCGUCUUUGUCGCCGCGCACACGUCUGCUGGAAAGACAGUAGUUGCAGAAUACGCAAUUGCUUUAGCUAACAAGCAUAUGACGAAGGCUAUUUAUACGUCUCCGAUAAAGGCUCUGAGUAACCAGAAAUUUCGUGACUUUAGGGGCACUUUUGACGACGUUGGAAUUCUGACUGGAGAUAUACAGAUCAACCCUGAGGCAAGCUGUCUGAUCAUGACAACAGAAAUCUUGCGAAGUAUGCUCUAUCGAGGCGCGGAUUUGAUCCGAGAUGUGGAAUUCGUUAUAUUCGACGAAGUUCAUUAUGUGAAUGACUUAGAAAGAGGAGUUGUGUGGGAAGAGGUCAUAAUCAUGCUGCCGGAGCAUGUUAGCCUGAUCUUGCUAUCUGCUACUGUGCCAAAUACAUACGAAUUCGCCUCAUGGGUAGGUCGGACAAAGAAGAAGGACAUUUACGUUAUAUCUACACCGAAGCGUCCAGUACCAUUAGAACAUUACCUAUGGGCUGGAAAGGAGAUACAUAAGGUGGUAGACGCGGACAAACGGUUCAUUGAGAAAGGCUGGAAGGAUGCCGAUGAUAUUCUCUCGGGCCGUGAUAAAGUAAAGGCUCAAAAAGCAGCAGAGGCUCAGGGAGGUAAACAACCCGAGAGAGGACGUGGCCAGAACCAACGCGGAGGUGGCCAACGAGGGACGGGGCAGAGAGGCGGCCCGCAGCAGAGAGGUAGAGGACAGCCAUCAACUCGAGGAACCGGCAAUAUUGCCAGGACAGGGCGUGGUGGUGGCCGAACCUCCGCCGCCCAGGAUCGCAAUGUAUGGGUGCACCUGGUGCAAUAUCUACGAAAGCGCGAAAUGCUUCCAGCCUGCAUUUUCGUCUUUUCCAAGAAACGGUGCGGAGAAAAUGCGGACUCCCUUUCCAACCAGGACUUCUGUACCGCGUCAGAUAAGAGCGCAAUCCAUAUGAUCGUGGAGAAAUCGCUCACCCGACUCAGGGCUGAAGAUAGAGAUCUUCCACAGAUUCGCAAGGUGCGAGAACUUCUUAGUCGUGGAGUCGGUGUGCAUCACGGAGGACUUCUUCCGAUUGUAAAGGAGAUUGUUGAGAUAUUAUUCGCAAAGGGGCUCGUCAAGAUACUUUUUGCGACGGAGACGUUUGCAAUGGGGCUAAACUUGCCCACACGCACGGUAGUUUUCUCUGGAUACCGAAAACACGAUGGCAGGGGGUUUCGAGAUCUUCUAGCUGGAGAAUAUACUCAAAUGGCUGGAAGAGCUGGGCGCCGUGGACUCGAUACAGUUGGAUCAGUAAUCAUAGUCACUUCUGGCCGUGAUGAAGCUCCUCCCAUUACCACAUUGAGGAAGAUGAUACUAGGUGACCCUACGAAGCUACGGUCUCAAUUCCGACUCACGUAUAAUAUGAUGUUAAACCUUUUACGAGUCGAGGCACUGAAGAUUGAGGAGAUGAUCAAGCGAAGUUUCAGUGAGAACGCUACCCAAGCGCUUCUCCCGGAGCAUCAGAAGCAAGUGCAACUUUCUGAAGCUAGUUUGGAGAAGAUAAAACGAGAGCCAUGUGCGAUUUGUGACGUUGAUCUCGCUGCCUGUCAUCAGGCUGGUGUUGAGUAUGAACGUUUGACGCUCCAAUUGCAUACCUUACUCUUAGCUUCUCCUGUCGGCAAACGCAUGUAUGCUGCAAAGCAGUUAAUCGUAUUUAAAAAGAAUGGCGUUAGGACCGCAGGGAUUUUGAUGAAGGAGGGCGUGACUAGCGGCCCUGUACCAUCCUUAAACGUUUUCGAGAUUGGACCUUUGGAGUCUCGCCGCUUUCCAAGUGAUAUUCUUCCGUAUCUGCCUGUUUUCAGGAAUAACUUCCACCCGCUAUCGACGUCACCGGACCAUAUGGCAUUAAGGAGCUGUAAAGUGCCACUUGCCAAUCUCGAGUGCGUAACCGGCACAUCGGUGAAAAUUGGGGGCCCAACUUGGUAUUUAAAUAUCAAGAAAGAGGCGCUGAAAAUGGCUGGAAAGGAGUUUUCAAAGCUAUGUGCAUCUUGGACAGAUAGAAUCUGGGAUGAGAUUGACUGGGAGAGAGUUAAGGACAUGCCGGUCAGGGAAGUGCUAGAGCAAAGGGCAGAACAGGCCAAGAUUGCACAGUCCUGUGCAUGUCUUGAAUGCCCACAGCUCCUUAAACAUUUUGAAAUGCAACACGACGAAUGGCAAGUCAAGGAAAAUAUCUCACAGCUGAAGCAGCUGAUGUCGGAUCAGAACCUUCAGCUGCUGCCUGACUACGAGCAACGAAUUCAAGUCCUGAAGGAUCUGGGCUUCGUCGAUGAGGCCUGCAGAGUUCAGCUCAAGGGCAAGGUUGCCUGCGAGAUACACUCUGCCGACGAAUUGGUGCUCACGGAACUCAUCCUCGAGAACGUGCUGGCGGACUACGAGCCCGAAGAAAUAGUGGCCCUCCUGUCCGCGUUCGUCUUCCAAGAGAAGACGGAGAACGAACCAACGCUGACUCCACGUCUGGAGGCCGGCAAGGAGGCAAUAAUUGCGAUUUCCAACCGGGUGAACGAUCUCCAGAUCCAGCAUCAGGUCGUGCUCUCGUCAGACGACGCCAACGACUUUGCGAGCAAACCCCGGUUCAACCUGAUGGAAGUCGUGUACGAGUGGGCGCGAGGGAUGACGUUCAACCGCAUCACGGACCUCACAGAUGUGAUGGAGGGCACUAUCGUGCGGGUAAUUAGUCGAUUGGACGAAACUUGCCGCGAGGUCAAGAACGCCGCCAAGCUGGUUGGAGAUCCAUCCCUGUACAACAAGAUGCAGCUGGCGCAGGAGAUGAUCAAGCGGGACGUGAUCUUUGCCGCCUCCCUCUAUCUAUAG